GUGCUAUGUUACUGUUAAAAAGCCCUCCUGCAUCACUUUAUAAAUUAUCCUUGGUCUGCCGUUUCACAAAACCACUUAGGAGUUGCGUUGUUUUUUGUUGGAUGUCAAUCAAUCAUUACACACAUACAGACAAGGAUUAUAGAUUAAGGAAAAGUGACUAUCGGAUAUAAAGGCGAGGAAGUUUGUAGGUAGUUCAUUCUCCAAUUCAUAUACUUGUGAAAAAAUGGGAUUCUUUGAAAAGACCCUAUCACUGAUCGCGUUGGCAGUCGGCAUAACCUGCUCCCUCGGAGUAAUUGGGACUUGGGGUAAUGCAAUAAAAGAAGUGACAACCUCCAGUGAUAAGACAGCGCUGUCCUGCACCGUUAUUGCACUGUCUAUUCUUACCGGAACGUUCGUUUUCAUUCUGAUAACGCUUUGCUGUAGCUGUGACAAAUGUCUUAACGUCAUUGUUCUCAUUGCUGGAGGAGCAGCACUAUUCUUUGCAGUCAUUGCCUAUAUCGCCUACUACGACUGGUCGACCACACCCUCAUUGGUGCUCUCAACUCCGAAUAAAGUGCCCCGUGCGAGUGAAUGGAUGUUUGGAAACAUCAUCUCUAGCGUAGCAGUCCUCCUGACCGGAUGCACGCUCACUUUCACGUGAAAGCAACUCAGUCCCACAUAUCACCAACACAAUGGGAUAACUGGUCAAUGUCACCCUAGCUAACUACAUUAAUUCCAUCUUUGUUCGUCAUUGAAAAUGUAGAUGUUAGUCUCGUCACUUCUAUGGCGCAUGUACUACAAGUAAUCAUUAUUCAAAAGGGUUCUUCUGCCAA